AUGGCAGGUUUAAGCAGAGAUGGCCAAGGGCCAAUAGUGGGAAAAUUGGAGUCACAAAUAUAUUGCAUCAAGUACACGUUGUUUUGCUUCAACGUCGUUUUGUGGCUGUUCGGAUUGUCUAUCUUCGCACUAUGUUUGUGGAUAUGCGUGGAGCCAGGAUUCAACGAAUGGAUGAAGAUACUUGAGUUACAGAAGUUCUUCAUCGGUAUCUACAUCAUACUUAUCGGAACUCUUGGUAUCAUGGUCGUAGCGUUCCUUGGAUGUGGUUCAGCUUUGAUGGAAAAUAUUAAAUUGCUUUAUAUGUAUAUAGCUUCACAAAUAGGUCUGUUUGUCUUCGGCCUCGUCGGAGCCUGUGUUCUACUGGACUUCUCAACUUACGACUCUAGUAUCCAGCCCAUUAUUAAAGAUGUGCUUGUUCGACUCAUUAAUAAUCCAAUGCAUGAGGGCAGCCGAGAAAUUUUGAGGAUGGUACAAGAAGGAAUUGGUUGUUGCGGUGCUGAUGGUCCCAUGGACUACCUCAACCUGAACAAGCCUCUGCCCUCUGAGUGCCGUGAUUCUGUGACCGGAAAUGCCUACUUCCAUGGAUGUGUUGAUGAGCUCACUUGGUACUUGGAAGGAAGAACCGGUUGGCUAGCUGGCAUUGUUCUUGCCUCUUGCAUGAUUUGUGUCGUAAACUCUGUGAUGUCUCUCGUCCUUAUUCAAGCAGUGAAGAAAGAGGAGGAAGAAGCGAUAGCUUAUAAAAAUUAA